UUGCACUUCAACUUCUUAUAACUACUUAGCCACCCAUCUUCACAAACCCAUCACCACACAACACCCAAAAAAAAACAUGUGUCAGUGUUGCUGCUUCUCUGGAGGCUGUUUUAGGUCAAUAAUUAGCCUGAGGAAAGCCAAGGAAGACAGGUCCAAAAAAGUAAAAGUACAUUCAGAUGCUGAAAAAACAAAUGGGGCAGAGGAAAGUUCUAACAGUCACAUAGAGUCAAAUAUUCCUGUUGUUAAUGGCACAACAGAGGUUAACAAUGGUGUGCCUGAGAUUUCUUCAGAACAUAAAGCUGCUAUUCGGAUUCAAACUGCUUUUCGUGCAUAUUUGGCAAAGAAAACGAUGAGUCGUUUCAAAGGAGCAGUAAGAUUUAAUGUAUUGAUUCAAGGCAACGACACUCAAAAGCAAGCAUCAAGCACAUUGAAUCAUAUACAUUCAUGGAGCAACAUACAAGCUCAAAUUAGGGCUCGAAGACACCAUAUGGUAACAGAAGGAAGGAUUAAGCAAAAGAAAUUGGAAAAUCAGAUCAAACUUGAGGCUAAGCUUCAAGAACUUGAGGAAGAGUGGUGUGGAGGCUCUGAAACCAUGGAAGAAAUCCUUUCAAGGUUACAACAGAGAGAAGAAGCAGCGGUUAAGCGCGAACGAGCUAUGGCAUACGCCUUCUCGCAUCAGUGGAGAGCCAAUCCUACACAGUAUCUAGGACAGGCUUAUUACAGCAUUGGCAAGGAAAAUUGGGGUUGGAGUUGGAAGGAGCGUUGGAUAGCUGCUCGCCCGUGGGAGAUUCGAGUUCAUGCUCUGCCUAACAACACAAAGAAAGGCCAUACUAGCCAAUUAAGCAAACCAGAAGUGAGAGUAACUCUCACUAUCAAACCAACCAUGUCAAAUGGGAAGGGAGCUCCUAAAGCUAAAAGAUUGUCCAGCUCCAACAUAGCUCUUGAUCAUGAACCUACCCAAGAACAAGAAGCCAAUUCUGCAGUAGUUAGCUCAUCUCAGGCACCGAAUCCAAGUUAAUAGAUUAUAGCUUACCAAAUUUCUAUGAACUCAUUCUGUUCUGUGGUUUUUCUUUUCUGUUUUUUUUUUUUUUUUUUCUUUUUC